AUGAGAGCCAUGACAAAUACGACGAAUAAUCAUGUGGUUCCAGUUAUUUCGAUGGCAAAAGAAGCAAAGAAAUUAGAAUCAUCUAAUCAUCAACCUCGUUCUAUAGUUCGAGAAUUUGCUUUGAAUACAUCCACUCAUGGUUUACCUGGUAUUGCACGAAGUCAAAGUAAACAUAAUUGUAUUUUCUGGACAGUUUCAUUUUUUAUUUUUACUGGCAUUAUGAUUUAUUCUGUUACUCAAACGAUUAAAAAUUAUUUUGAAUAUCCAACACAAACAUCUGUAUCAAUUUUUGUUGAACGAUCACAAGUAUUUCCUGCAGUUACAUUUUGUAAUUAUUCACCAGUUCGUUAUGAUCAUUUAAUUGGACCUUUUUUAAAUUAUACAAAUUCCAUUAAUGCAACAAAUACGAAUGAUACAACUACAUUUACUGCGGAACAGACUCUUCUUCUUCGUGAUUUUUUACAAGUUCAGCUAAAUACAGGUGCACCUAUCACUCAGUAUUUUUUUUCUCUCGAUACUAUGUUAAUCGAAUGUGUCUACAAUGACAAAACCUGUACAACUAAUGAUUUUAUCUCAUUUUUGUCUUCUACCUACGGUCAAUGCUUUACAUUUAAUGCUAAAACAAAAACAACAAAUGGAAGUGAUCUUCGAUAUACAAAUGAUGAUGGAGGAUCAGGAAAACUUAUUUUACGUCUUUAUGCACAAAGUCAUCUAUAUGUUCCAUAUGCUUCAGAAGACGUGUCAGUAGGAAUGAUUGCUAUGAUUCAUGACAAUACACAAUUACCACUUAUUGAUGUAGCUGGCACUCUGCUUGCACCUGGACGAAGACAUAGACUUGGUUACAAGAAAAAGACUAAUCAAUUCUUAUCAUCACCAUAUACAGAUUGUACAACAAAGACACCACUUGCUAUGCAAGCAAUGUUUAAUGAAUAUGAAGGUGCUGAUUAUGCAUAUUCACAAGGUGUUUGUUAUACACUUUGCAUACAGGCAUACAUGUAA